UUCUAUUAAAAAUCAAUGAAUGAGCUUGUAUAAAAUAUGCAAAACGCUUAAAGUUUAAACAAUGUACAACCAAGAACUAUUUUAAUAAAUGUUCUGAUUCAGAUGUAGUAACAGGAUAUGAAAAUUGAUAUUAAUAUUGACCCAGAUUGUCCAUUUUCAUAAUUUAUACAAUAUGUGUUAGACCAAAUUUUUAAAUAAAAGAUGGAAUCAAAUUAUGAAGAAUCAAUAGAAUUCCAACUAGAUAAUGGCAGUAUGAUUAAAAAAGAAGAGUAAAGAACGUUACAUUAAAUGGGUUUUAAAAAUAAUUGUGCUCUUCAUGUUAGACUUAAACUUAAGGGAGGAUAUUUUUGA